ACAGGGGAGGUCUGGAGGAGGAGGAGGGCCCCCGCCCCCACCCACCGCCCGCGUCCCUUCACCACCGUCCCUCCGCGUCCGCGGAGCUCGCAAAACCCCACUCCCACUGCGUCGGCUGCGCAACCCCGCCGCGCCGAACCCUAGCGUCGCCGCCUCCGCCACCGCGAUCCGGCCGCGGGGCCGCAUUCCCCGCCGGGCGUGCUCCCCGGAGGGAGGCCAAAUGGCAAGCACUCCAGGGGGAUCAUUGAUAGAUGGAGCAGCUGGAAGCAACACGACAAUCGGAAACGGCAGCCGGAAUGCUAUAAAUGGUCCGCACUUGAGGUCACGCCAACUGUCCAGCUUGGCCCCUGCGAGGAGGUCAAGUCGGAGUACUCCGAACCCUUACAGAUUUCCUCCCACAACGUUGGGCGGUGAGGCAUCGGGCUCUUAUGAGAAGAAGCGAAAGGCACUAAUGGAGGAAGCACCCCACGGAAUUUCAGAGGCAGUCAAGGUCAGUGGCUCAGCUCCUCUGACGCCAAGAGAUCCAAACAGAACUUACAGCUCCAAGGACGGUGUGAAAGGGCAGUUGAGUGAGCACGCCAUGGUUGGGAGUGCUAGGAGUUCACCAAAGAAGCGAAAAUGUAUGCCUAGGGGCAACUACUUGUCAGAAUUCACGCCGAGGAGCAAGGGUGUAGCCACAGCUGUAGUUACUGGAUCGGAGCAAUCAUCUAUUCCCACAAAAACAAACAAGGUUAAGGAAAGUCCAUUUCAGAAACUUCAGAGAUUGCCAGAUGGGUGCCAUCCUGAUUUUGACAAUGAUCAUUUGUGUUCUAUUAAUAAACUCCGUGAGUUCUGGCACAAGUCUCAAGGUGCUGUAUUUGUUGAUGAUAAGGAGCAUGUAAUGAAGGCCAUCUUAUUCGUAUUGUCAGUUUUACCUGAUGUCUGCCAACCUUUUCUACUUCUCACAAAUGCUUCACUACCCUUAUGGGAGGCUGAGUUCAGUCGCUUUGCACCAUGUAUCAACGUUAUUGUGUAUGACGGGGAGAAAGAUGUGCACAAACUAGUUCAGAAUCCAGAAUUCCAUGAGAACAGAAGACACACGAUGUUACAUGUACUCCUAGCUCAUCCUGAUGCUAUCUUAGAGAACAUUAAAAAUUUAGAGUGCAUUGGUUGGGAGGCAGUUAUUGUUGACUAUUGUCAAAGCUCAAUUUUGAAACACCUCAAACAACUCAAGCAACUUCCAACAGAUUUCCGGGUGUUGCUUUUGAGCUCUCCAGUGCAGGAUAAUCUUCUCGAAUACAAGAACCUACUAGCUUUCCUUAACUCGGAACAAGAAGAUAAUGGAGCUUAUGUUGAUGCUGAUGCUCUUGCUGUGUUGAGAGCAAGGUUUACACGCCAUAUCGCAUAUGAGCGAAAAGCGGGUUCUUCAAAUUUUUUGGAGUAUUGGGUUCCUGCUUACCUUUCACAAGUGCAGCUAGAACUCUAUUCUUCUAUGUUGCGUGCAAACUCAUCUAUCCUGCAGUCACAAACGGCAACUGACAGCGCUGGAGCUCUUCGUGAUAUUGUUAUGUGUCUUUGGAAGUGUUGCAAUCACCCUUGCCUCGUUGGCGUACAACAUUCACUUGCCAACACUUGUGAUGUAACUGAAUCCACAGAUGGUAGAAUGCUCGAGAGUGGUAAAUUACUGCUUCUUGAAAAAAUGAUUAAAGAGAUCAGGAAGAAGAGAUUAAGAGUCAUUGUUCUUUUUCAAUCUGAUGGAGCGGUUGGAGACGGUAUGGGUAAUAUCUUAGAAGAAUUUGUACGCCAAAAAUUUGGCCCCGAGUCAUACGAACGCGUUCAAAACCGUUCAGCAUUUUCAGUGAAACAAGAAGCAAUGAAUAUGUUCAAUGACACAACCAAAGGGCGAUUUGUUUUUCUGAUUGAUAGCCGUGCAUGCCACUCCAGCAUAAACCUUUCAUCUGUUGAUACCAUUAUCAUUUAUGGUAGUGACCUGAAUCCAUUAAAUGAUCUGAAGGCUCUUCGAAAGAUCAAAAUAGAGUCACAACUGAAGUAUGUGCGCAUUUUCCGCUUGUAUACUCCUUUCACAGUGGAGGAAAAGGGUCUUGUGCUUGCAAAGCAAAGCAUGACUAUUGAUAGCAACGACCGAGAUAUAUUGCCUAGUUUAAGCCAUUGCUUGCUAAGCUGGGGUAUAUCAUUCCUCUUCAGUAGAGUUGACGACCUUCAGCAAGAUAACUGUGCUAGUAAAAGUUAUGAAAGGAACACAGUAUUAAUGAUGGAUAAAGUACUUUUGGAAUUCUUAACAGCACUGUCCACAGAUAUUGAAGAUAGCUGCAAAAUAAAUAGUGCAAUCAUAUCAAAAGCUUGUAUGAGUGGUGAGUUUUAUUCAAGAAACAUUAUUCUGAUAGGUGAGAGAGAGGGAGCGUCUUCACUGGAUGGAGAUCCACCUAAAUUCUGGUUAAAGUUGCUUAAUGGGAAAUCCUGUUGUCAGCGCAAUAAACCAAUCAAAGUUCCCACUGAAGAAACUAAUGAAACCAGAAGGAAGCUUAGCAAAACAGGUGAAAUUGCAGGUUCAUCUUCAAAGUUUUCAUCAGAUGCGACUAAUAAUAACCUAUUUCCUGAAACUGGUACUCCAUCCAGUGCUGAUGUUCAUUUACUUCCUGAAGCAGUUCGUUUUGAAGGGAUGGAAAACCAGAGCACGCCUAAAAGUCUUCAUGCUGAACUUAAGCGCGAGUUAUCAAAGCUCAUUAAGGUGUUAAAACUACCGGAUAAUGUAUGCUUUAAGGCCAAGCAGCUCCUUGAGUAUGUUUUAAAUAAUCAUCUAUUAAUGCGUGAGCCACAGGGCAUACUGCGCGCAUUCAACAUAGCCUUGUGUUGGCGUGCUGCUUCUCUCCUGAAAUAUUCCAAGUUGGAUCAUCGAGAAUCACUAGACCUUGCUGCAGACUGCUUGAACUAUGGAUACAAUGAGGAACUCAUAAGAUAUUUCUAUAAAAAAUUAGGAAUCCUAGUUGGGAGAAGGAACAAAAUACAUAAUGAUAGAUUUUCACCACAUGAGAGCUCAUCUGUUAACUUGAGAAGUGACCACAUUCCUUCGAAGCAGGCAGUGGAUCUUCAUGGUAACUUCACAAAUGGCACUGAAGAGAGCCUGUAUGCCGCUGAGCAGAUGGUUUCAGAUGGGCAAGAGUUGGUAUCUUCUCCAGAAGCCAACAGAGAAUGCCAUUUGUCAAGUGCAGAACCCCCUGGUAGGACCGCAACCAAAAGAAUAGAUUUAUUUAACAACAUUUUCUCCUUAAGAAAGAAGAAUAUCCUUGAGAAACAACAACUUGAGAUAUUGAAGUUAACAAACCAGAGAGACAAUCAAGUUAUGAGACUGAAGAAGGUAUGCCAUGUAGUUAUUCAUCACAUUCGGAUAAGUGACAUUGAUGAAGAGAUCAAAAAGGACCAAAUAAAGCUAGUGAUUAAUUGGUUCACUAUGCUUAUGCUUGCAUUUUUGGUGCACAUGAAGCUCCAGCUUGCCGAACUUGGUGCAUCGCAAUCUACAACAUGGGUUGAAGAGCAAAUGAUGAAGGAAGAACUCAAGCAGGAAGUAUUAUUAUCAGGCCAAUUAGAUAAAUUCCUUGAUCUCUGCAAUACUAUACCAGAUUCCGAUUUCGACUUUAAGGAAUUUAUCCAUUUUAAGAAACAAAUUGGUGAUAAUCGUGUUGAUAACAGUUCGGACUUGGACUGUGACCAGCUUUUGGAUGACAGAUCGAUGGAAGUUACUCUAGUACGAAAUUUAGUUCCAUCAGAGGCUUUUUCUACACGUGCAGUGAGAAAUGAGCCUACAGAAGCUCAUAUGACGUUGGGCGUGGGAGCAGCAUCAGAAUCUGUAGAUCUUCCAGAUGACAAUAUCCACUGUAGUUCUGAUGGAACUGAAUUACAAAGAGCCUGUUCUGCAAGUACUAUUCCUGCAAGUACUAUUCCUGCAAGUCAUGAUUCAAUAAAUCAGGAAUCGUCAACUGGUGAGGCCAGAAGUAUUGAACAUGCCAAGAGGGACAAUAUUGCUGAUCCAAGUACAGAUAAUGAUGGUACUGCUGCAGCAGAUCCUGACCACUUAGAUUCCUCUAUCUUGGCUUCUCCACGAAACCUCAUGACCUUGCAGCAUUCAUCUGCUGAAGCAGAACCAACUGAUCCAGUGCUUGCAAUGACAGGUCGGGAUCUGCAAACUGAGUUGCAAACAUCAUGCCCAACAUUGGAUACUCAACAUCAGAUGAUGUGCCCUGAUGAUUCGAGUCAAAUGAAUAUUGAACGAGAUACAACAUCUGAAAUAUUGCAGGAAGGGACAACUUCUGACCAUUUGGGUGAUUCCAGUAUGGGAUUUAAAGAUAAAAAUGUUGACACUGCUGCUGCAGAUCCAUUGAAUUCGGAAAAUCAAUCUUAUAUUGCUCCACACAACACAACUGUCUCGACAGAUGCUUGGGAAGCUGAAACUCAGAUUGAUCAGUCAAGUCUACCUGCCCAACAAAAUUUAGUAAUUUUGGGACAACCACCAGCAGAAGCAGAACCAUCAAGUAAUCUGGACACGGAUGCUGCCUGGAGUUUGCAGCCUGAUAUUCAACCAUCAAGCCUGAUGUUGGAUGCUGACAGCUCUCAAACAAGGUGUCAGCCAGAAACUUCACCUGUUUUGUCACAGGGAGGUAUUACAUAUCACCAUUUGGCUGAUGGCAGAAUGGAGUUUGAUGUAGAUAAUAAUGGUGCUGUUUGCACACAUCAAGCCCACUCAGAAUCACCAACUAUUGCUGCCCCACAAAGCACUAUGUUGCCAUUUUCUUCAGAGGUUGGAACUCAUGCUAAUCUAUCAAGUACGUCUUGCCUGCAAAGCAGUGAUGCACCUUCAACGCCUCUAGCUGCAGUGGCAGAAUCACCUGGCAGUCAACCAGAUAAAGCAACUGAUUUAUCAGAGGAAGGUGAAACUGAAUAUCUAUCUUGUGCUACAUGUAAUCUGGCCACCUUACCAGUGUCUAGUGAAGCUGAAACUGAGAAUGGUCAAGCAAGUAUGCCUGCACAGGAAAUGAGAAGUCCCCAUGCACAAAAUAGUUUAGCAACUCUGCAGCUUCCAAUUGAUGAUCUGCAGCCACCAACCUUGAUCCUCCCGGAGGAGGAAGAAAGGGCUGGUAUGUUGUGUGCCACAGCAGCUCGGUAUUUGCAACAUGGAAUGCAACCGUCAGUCACUGCACAGGAUUUGCAGCCCGAAGUGCAGCCAUCAUCUCCAAUGCAUGAUCAACCUGCAGAAGCAGAAGGAGCAGGUACAUCGGGGACUGCCAUUUCAGCUCAGAAUUCACAGUUUGAAACACAAUUGUCAACCUCAGUUCAGCAUAUCCCACCUGAGAGCACACACCCUGAUGAGAGGAUUCAAAUAGGUCUUCAGCCAAACACAAUAUUGAGCCCUGAGCAGCUCACCCAACACUUUACAGUGGCACCUGCAGCAUCUAACAGUUUUUUAUGUAGUUCUGAACCAUUGAGAAAUGAGUUGGGAAGACUGAACUACGUGAUUGCUAUGCUUAGUAAAGAGCAUGAAAAGAAGAAAUCACAACUUCAAACAGAGUGCAACCAAGAAGUGGAGAAGAUAUUGAAGAAAUAUGAGUUGUUGCUUCAAAAGGAAAAUUGCACGUAUGAUCGAUUGACCACAGUGUUUAAUGAUAAUUACAGGAAAGUUUUUAUGCAUCACUCAUUAGCUGAGAAUUGGGAUAAUUUUAAGAAAUCAACCCCAGCUCAAGAGAGAUCUGUGAGCCCCAGAAUUCAGCCUUUUCCGCAAGCAUCAUCUAGUACAUCAGCUACUCAAACUACAACAUUACCGGUUGCCUCAUCGCUAGCCACUCAACCACCAGUAUUGACCUCCUUUCAUUCAACAGGGCCUUGCGUCCAACCUUCACAGGUGGUUCGGCCAUCAGCAUUUGAGGCUGUCCAGCUGCAACCAGUCUUACCUGGAAAUCUUUAUAGAACAACGCCAUCACCUGUUGGUUCAAUGCCUGUGCGAAACGGAAGCUUCAUAGCUGCUGGAACACAAUCACGUGGAUCUCUUCCUCUCCUCCAGCAAUCACGUGGAACACAGUCACGGUCUGCUAUGGUUCGCGGAGAUCAACAACAACUUGGUGUUAUCAAUCCAGGAAUUACAUCGUUGAGACAGUACGCCCCUGGUUUGUUGGAAAGUGUCCCAUUAACCUCCAUGGCAGCAGGCUCAGUUCAGCAAGCAAUUCCAUCAGCAUCGAACUCAGUUCCAUGUUUCCCAGAAUCUUCACUGCUACCAGGUUCUGGCCCAGUGUCAAUGGCAAAUUUUGUGCAGUCUCCUGGCACAAUCCCAUUUGCCAUGGCAACCCAACAAGCACCGGGCCUGAUUCCAGGUUUGCAUCACAUGCCAGGUGGUCCACUGAAUGGCGUGGCGGGUAUUUGGCAAGCUGGAGGUCACCUAGCCGGUACCAACCAGGCUGCACCUGAACCUAGUCCAGAUGCGCUGCGGCUCUUACAACGACAGUGGGUCCACACCAUGGCACCACCAAGCUCAGUUCAGCAAACAGUGACAGCAUCGGCAUCGAACCCACAUCCAGGCCCUGUGGUGCCCUCAACAAACCGGUAUCUCAGGGCAGUCCAGCAAGCAUUGAUUCUGAAUCCAGCUCUCGGCAACGUGGCAGGUCAAGUGAACCCAGCGGCAGGAGUUUGGCAGCACGGUGCAGCAGCUCUCCCAGCAGGUUCCAGUCAGCCUAAUGCUCCUGCACCGGCCUCAUCGAACGCGCAGCCGAGGGCCAGGACUGGGCCGCAGACUAGUGGCGUGGGGGCCCAGGGAGGGUCGGGUGAAGAAGUGGUGUGCCUAUCUGAUGACGAGUAGUAUUUAGCAGUAGUGUAGGCAUGGUUUGGAUUAGAUUAGAGGUGCUGAUAUCUGAGGCGGCCCCUUUAGCAGCAUCUGUGGUAACAAAGGGAUGGCGCUGGUGAGGGUAGUGCAUCAUCAGGCAUUUUGGGGGCAGCAGAACAGAUGGUAAGUGGUCCAGGCGAACUUUAUAGAGCCCCGGAUUGUUUGUUUGUGGUUGGGCGGAUUCCUUGAUGCGUGAUUGGGAUGCUUGUUGACUAUUAGUAUGUUGUCCUGAGAUAGAAGUUCACUCUUGUUAAUCUAGUGCCCCCCAGUGGAGGGUUGCUGUGUGUGAGAGAGGUUGCUGCUUGUGUUGAA